AUGACACAGGAAGAGAUGCGAGCAAGGAAAGCCAAGUAUAAAGAUAAGCACAUCACAUGGGAAUCGGAAUGCCCAGUUUUCAUAGUCUAUGGUUACGAUCCAUGCCGAGGAGAACUUGAUUAUGAUGAGAAUACAAUGGAUGAUUUGAGUUACAAGGAGGCAGAAGAGCUUGAGAAAAAUAUCGAUAAGGUGCUUUUGCUACCCUGUAUGAAAAUGACUCAAAUGUAA